AAGUACUACUGCUGCUGCUAGUUACUCCUCACCUCCCAUCUCUCUCUGACUCUUCCUCUUCCAUCACACUUCCAUCUCCCCUCUUUCAUGAGAUGGAUAGUAUCCCAAUUUAUCUCUAAUCUAGUAUCCCAAUCAUGCCCCCCGAAAUGCGGGAAAAGGCCGAUGCCUAUCAUUACUCCACCAUGCCCAGCGAAUCUACGCCUCUCCUCACCACGGUCGGCGUCCGCCCCCAUCGACACCGCUACCCACAUCACUCUCUCCGCCGUUUCUGUACCAUCACUCUCACCUCCAUUCUUACCCUCUCACUCUGUCUCUUCCUGACCCCCACCGCCCUCCUCCCCCGCGCUCACGGUUCCAUCUGGAGCUACCUCCCCUGGGCGAAUCCCUUCCCCCACUCCUCCUGGCCUGAAGGCCAUGGCCUCAGCUACGCUGAGCUCCAAGCUGUCUUGAAAGAAACCCCGAGCGCCCAGAAGGCUCGCGAAUGGAGCACCUACUACACCGCUGGUCCGCACCUGGCCGGGAAGAACCUCAGCCAGGCGGUCUGGACCAAGGAACGCUGGGCUGAGUUCGGGGUCCCUGAGACUGAGAUCGUGGCAUAUGAUAUCUUCCUCAAUUACCCUGUGGAUCAUCGGUUGGCAUUGCUGAAGAAAGACGAGGUCGUAUUCGAGGCAACCCUGGAAGAGGACGUGCUGGAGGAGGACCACACCAGUGGGCUGCCUAACCGCGUGCCUGUGUUUCAUGGAUACUCGGCCAGUGGGAAUGUCACAGCGCCGUAUGUAUUUGUGAACUACGGUACUGUGGAUGACUUCCAGGACCUCGUGGAUCGGAAUGUCAGUCUGGGAGGCAAGAUUGCUAUUGCCAAGUAUGGACGGAUCUUCCGCGGAUUGAAGGUCAAGAGAGCGCAGGAACUCGGUAUGUCUGGGGUGAUCCUGUAUGAUGAUCCCGAGUCCGAUGGGGAGAUUAUCGAGGAGAAUGGAUAUGCUCCGUAUCCGGAGGGCCCGGCUAGGAACCCGAGUGCUGUGCAGAGAGGAAGUACCCAGUUUUUGAGUAUCGCACCGGGUGACCCGACUACUCCCGGAUACCCGUCCAAGCCGGGAUGUGAUCGUCAGGAUCCUUAUGAGUCUAUUCCCUUGAUUCCCUCCCUGCCCAUCUCGUAUCAGGAGGUGGUGCCGUUGCUUAAGGCCCUGAACGGUCACGGUCCCAAGGCGUCCGACUUGAACGAAUACUGGCAGGGCGGUAAGCUGGGCAGCAAGGGCGUCGAGUACUACAUUGGCCCGACCCCGGAUGAUGUCCAGAUCAAUCUGUACAAUGAGCAGGAGUACGUGACGACUCCUUUGUGGAACGUCAUUGGUGUCAUCAAGGGAGCCAUCCCGGAUGAGGUCGUGAUCAUGGGCAACCACCGUGAUGCCUGGAUUGCCGGCGGCGCUGGAGAUCCGAACAGCGGGUCUGCCGCUCUCAACGAAGUUGUGCGCAGCUUCGGCGAGGCGCUCAAGGCUGGGUGGAAGCCGCUCCGUACUAUUGUCUUUGCCAGCUGGGACGGCGAGGAGUACGGAUUGCUCGGAUCCACCGAGUGGGUGGAGGAGCAGCUCCCCUGGUUGUCCAAGGCUAACAUUGCCUAUCUCAACGUGGACGUGGCAGCGUCAGGAACGAGCUUGCGCCCGAGGGCCAGCCCGCUGUUGAACAAGCUGAUCUACGAGGUCACCGGGUUGGUGAAGUCACCCAACCAGACUGUGCCUGGGCAGACCGUCCGGGACCUCUGGGACGGUGAUAUUGCCACCAUGGGUAGUGGCAGUGACUUUACGGCCUUCCAGGACUUUGCUGGUGUGGCGAGCUACGACCUUGGAUUCAGCCGCGGUCCGAAGGACCCAGUGUACCACUACCACUCGAACUACGACAGCUUCGACUGGAUGGACCGGUUCGGCGACCCGAGCUGGAAGUACCAUGAGACAACCACCAAGAUCUGGGCUUUGGCAGCGGCCAAGCUGGUGGAGACGCCGGUGAUCGCCUUUAAUGCUACGGACUACGCGCUGGGCCUGGAGAAGUAUCUUGACAAGAUCAAGCCGGCGGCGAAGCAACUCCCCGAGGGAGCAUCGUUCGACUUUGGGCCGCUUGACGCAGCGAUCGCUAAGUUCCAAGCCGUGUCAGCGAAAUUCGACGCCUAUGCGGCGGAUCUGACUGAGCAGCUGGGCGACGAUGUGCCGUGGUACCACUGGUGGAGGAAGGUGCGGCUCUACUUCCAGAUCCGCAUCGUCAACGACAAGUACAAGGGGAUUGAACGGCAGUUCCUGUACCAGCCGGGUCUGGAUGGACGCAGCUGGUUUAAGCACGUAGUGUUUGCACCAGGCAUCUGGACGGGAUACUCGGGCGCGACGUAUCCAGGAUUGGUGGAGAGCUUGGAAGCGGGUGAUUUGCUGAAUUCUCAGAAAUGGCGCGCGAUUAUCAUUGAGCGCAUUGAAGCUGCAACGAAGCUACUGCAGUGAGUCAGAUGGACGUGAUUGGAGAUGAAUGCCGAUUGGCGGAUGCCAGGUGACUGCCGUUGGAGCAAGGGAGUCAAGGAAGGAGAGUGUGAAUGUAUGUAUGUCUUAUUGGUGUAUGUGCAAGUCUUCAAAGUCAUUCUUUCGUUGGAGACAGUUGGAGAGCAUGAGACGGGAGAUUAGUACGGAGUAGUAUUAAGUAGAGAGAUAGCAGUUAGAAGCGGGCAUGUUGAUUGCUUACCGAUUAUCUUCAAGUGAUUGAUUGCUUACUUUCCCCGCCGGCGAUCGACCCACCGCGAGGCUAUUCGCCAUUUUAGGGCCUGCUUAGCGUGUCUU